UGAGUCAGCAUCGGAAUGGAUCAUAGUUCAAUUUCGGCAUCGAAACCAAGUGCACACUUCAAAGUGCUCAACAGAUCAUUCACCCACAAAUUUGGUGCUACCGAUACCAUCAUGAAGAUCUUCGUCGUUGCUUUGGCCCUGAUCGCUGCGGUUGCUGCCCAGGAUGAAGCCAUGUACACCUCCAAGUUCGAUAACAUCAAUCUGGAUGAGAUUCUGAUGUCGGACCGUUUGUUCAAGAACUACUACAACUGCUUGACCGAUGCCGGACCGUGCACUCCUGAAGGCAACGAGUUGAAGCGAGUUCUGCCGGAAGCUCUGGAGACGAACUGUGCCAAGUGCAGCCCCAAGCAGCGUGAAGCUGGAACCCGUGCCAUCAAGUAUGUGACCGAGAACCGCGCCGAGGAAUGGAAGGUUCUGCGGGCUCGUUUCGAUCCGGAAGACAAGUACGUCGCCCAGUAUCUGGCUGAAGCCGAGAAGGAAGGAAUCAAACUGUAAGCUGAUGGGCUUCCAAAAACUAGUGUUUCUAAUUCAUUGUUCUGUUAACCUGAGUGAAUGUUAGCGCCAUAGUAGAAUAAACAAUUAUCAAAUUCAG